AUGUUGAGAGCGUGUAGGUGUAAUCAAAAUGUAGGUCCUGUCGUGACAGCGGUGAUGUACCUCGAUAAGAAGAAAGGAGUUAGCGUCUCAGAUGUCGCUGACUUUCUACGUCACAACUACGGCCUCAAAACUCUACCGGACUAUAAGAAGUCUUUGAAACUAGCAGUAGAAAAGGGAUUCUUGACUGUCAGACAAAACCGCUUCUACCCAGCACUCGAAGUUAUCAGCCUGGAAGUUAUUAUCCAGGCUCGAAGAAGACGUAGGUCUAUAAGACGUCGCAUUGUUGACUCUGACGAUCACACUAUGACUCGUCGUCGCCGUAAGAGAUCUACAAGACACGCUAGGAGGCGAGAUUACUCCGACGAUCUCACUAUGGCUCGUCGUCGCCGUAAGAGAUCUACAAGACACGCUAGGAGGCGAGAUUACUCCGACGAUCUCACUAUGGCUCGUCGUCGCCGUAAGAGAUCUACAAGACACGCUAGGAGGAGAGAUGACCUAGAUGAUCUCACCAUGGCUCGUCGAAGACGCAGGUCUCGUAGAAGCACGCGCAGACGUCGAGGUCGCAAACACGAAGAAUUAUCUGCUCCUCAAGCUUAA